AUGGUUCGGCAAGACCAUCACCAAGGCGGUAGCCUCUCCGAAAUGGCCGCCGAAGGCACAUCCAUGCCCAACGAUGCUGGCACGAUGAAUACCAUUCCUUCGGUGCCACGCCCAGACCAGCGCGCUGAGCACUUUGGCUUCGACAACGCAGGCAUCGCUAAGCCCUCAACAGCGAUGGCAGCUGACAACACCACCGAUUUGCCACGCUCGACCAGGGACAUCGGUCAAAGCGGCGAGGUCAUCACCGGCACGGGCAACACUAUGCCGGCCGGCAUCGAGUCCAAGCAUGCCUACAUGGGCGCUAACCACCACGCUGCACAUGGUGAUACCCGGGAUCUCAAGCAUUCCAAGUAUGGCCGGAGUGAGUUUGAGCGCUAUCAGGAGGAGUAG